AAUCCCAGACAGUUUUUUCAAGAAUAUGACCAGACUCCGAGUUCUCGACCUUUCUUCUACAAGCAUCACUUCCCUGCCAUCGUCCAUGUCCUGUCUUCAUGAAUUACGGUUAUUGAAGCUUCGAAGCUGCUGCAAGCUAGAGUCUCUUCCAGCCGCAUUCUUAAAGGAUAUGCAGAAGCUCGAGAUCCUCGAUCUCCAUCAAACUCUCCUGACAAAGAUGGUGGAAGUAUCCUUCCACAACAUGCAUAGCCUCCGAAGUCUCGAUAUCUCUGGUGCCUGCAACCUCAGUCGGCUCUCGCUCAAGGGUUGUCACUCUCUAUUGAGACUGGUCAGCCUAGAUAAACUUUCAAAACUUGAGUCGCUUGAUCUUUCAGGCACGAGAAUUGAAGAGCUUCCACACGGAAUUUUCAAUAUUACUAACAUGCGGUGCUUGGAACUGUUGGGAAUGGAGCAUCUCAAGAGGGUUGACUGGAGAAAGGUAGAUAGGCUUCCAGAAAAAUUAAAUUGGGAUCGAUGGGGCUUGGACUUGCUGCAUGAACAGCUCCAAGACAGCAGCAUAUAUCGCAUCUCGGUCAGUGAUGCUAGUGUUUUUGAGACUUUGGACCAAAGCUCAAAACUAUGGAAAUCCUGCUUUCUAAAAUUUUAUUUCUUGGUCUGUCCCUGCAAGGGAGGGCCCAAGGAUACAUUUGCUUGUUUUAAAAGAAACCGAUUUCUCUACCAGCAUAUUUAUACUAGAUUUGAGCAGUCUUUGAGUUAUGAAAGACGGCUGGAGGUUUGCGGUGGUAAGAAUUCCCUAUACGGUAUUAGAGGAUUGCUCUCGGUGAUAGAAUUCCUUCGUUUGUAUGGCAAUGUGUUCAUUAAGGCAUUGUCUAAUCUAGGCAUGAAGAUGGACCACCUUAAAGAAUGUUGGAUUGAGAAAUGCCAUCAGUUGGAGUAUCUGUUCAUAGGAGGGACGUACGAUGAUGCGGCAAUUUGUUUAGAAAAUCUAAGGGUGUUGGAUCUUGCCAAAUUAAGAAAAGUGUGCAGAGGGGAGUUAGGAAGAGGGAGCUUCGCAUGUUUAAAGAAUAUAUAUUUGGAAUGUUGCCCGAAGCUCAUCAACUUCUUCUCUUCCAGUAUUCGGUUACAGAAUCUUGAAUUACUUGAAAUAAAAUUCUGUUGUAGACUGGAGAAGGUCUUUGAAGAAGAUGGCGUGGCGGGGCAAAAUGCAUUUCCACAACUAGUCGAUUUACGUCUUUGGGAUCUUCGCAAACUCAAAAGCAUUUGCGAUGGGCACUUGCCGAUGCUGAAGAAGUUGAAGAUUCGAGAAUGCCCUCUGCUGGAGAAGCUUCCUCUCCAUAACACAAAUGCUUCUACAUCAUAAGUCGAGAUCCAAGGUGAGCUGACAUGGUGGGAAAGCAUUAAAUGGGAGGGCAACAUCAAGCCAAGAAACAUCCAUUUCAAAGAAUGGUGUCCAUCAAAAAGAGAUGGUGCAGGGUCAGCCGCCAAAGAUGAUGACGAUCCACGGAUUAGAGGAGGAGAGAUUGUGAGCGCUUCGUCAGGACACAUGAAGAGACAAAUAUCAG